UAUAGAUUAAUUGACGAAAAAAACGCUUUCUCUGAUGGCGAUGGCGAUGACGAACCAGUUCUAGGGUUCUGAUGGUGUUUCGAAAUUGGGAUCCGGGAAAUCGAUGGGAAGGAGGAGAUUUCGAUUGGGUUAUCAGCAAAGGAAAGAUUGGAUUCUCAGGAUACGGGACUUCUGAGAGGGAUGGUGAUCGCAGUUACUUUGGGGAAAUAAGAUUUAGAGAAUCGCAGGCAAAGGAUCGAGAUGGAGUGGAUAGGAUCUCGAUUGCGAUUCUCUUUAUGCGGAGAUCGUGUGAUUUCCCAGAGUCAACUUUUGGGAUCCGGUGGGGACAGCAAGGAGGGUGAGGGGGCUCGGAAAAGGUUGAAGAUCUCGGUGCCGCACUUUGACAAUUCGGCUCUUGUCAAGACCUACUCAAAAAGUCUAAUUGGAAGAUGCAUGAAUCCACCAGAGCAGGAUAUGCAGGCACUGAUACAGAACAUUCCAAAAAUCUGGAAGCUGGAGGAUCGGAUCGUGGGGACGGACUUGGGGUUUGGCAAAUUCCAGUUCGAUUUUCAGACGGAGGAACAGAUUGAAGGGGUUCUGAAGCUACAACCUUAUCACUUUGAUUACUGGAUGUUGGCUCUUGCAAGAUGGCAACCGAGGAAGUCACAGCUGUUCCCGGCGGAGAUUCCGUUUUGGGUGCGCGUUCUAGGAGUUCCCAUGGAAUUUAGGACACGUCCCACUUUGGAAAGCAUUGGUGAUUCUCUUGGAAAAACGGUCUCCGUAGAUCUCGAGCAAUUACGUGUUCAGGUGGUGGUGGAUGCUUUUCAACAGCUCUGUUUUGAGACUACUGUGGAUUUCAAGGGGGGAGAAUAUUAUGAGGCGGAGGAAACUCUGAUUUCUCUAAGAUAUGAAAAGCUAUUUGGAUAUUGCCCUAUCUGUGCUAGCUUGUGUCAUACAGAAGCUAAUUGUCCUCUUGCCAAGCCAGAGGUGAAGAUGAGUCCAGAGAAGAGGAGGGAAACAAGAGAAGGUAAUGGGGGGGGGGGGUGGCAUGAAGGAGGGAAGCAUGAGGAUAAGGCUCGGAGUUAUAAAGGGGUUGUUAUUAAUGGGAACACGGGCUAUCAGCAGAAGGAGAGAGAUGGUCGGGACUAUUAUGGAAAAGGAAAAGGUAAAAUGAUUGAGGAGAAUGAUUCUAAAUGGGUGCGGGUGGCUGAGAAAGGGAAUAAAGGAUCGUCUAACAACCGUGGCAACUAUAGGGGAAAUGGUGAGGCUUAUAGGCAGCGAGUGCCACGCAGAGAGGACUCAAGAGUGAUAGCUCAGGAGGGACGUUCUAGGGGUGUUUCAGGACCGGUUGGAGAUCAACAACUGCUGCGAGGAACGCACACAGAGGUUCAGGAGAGAAAGGUUGUAGAGGCUCAGGAGGAGGGAGAAAUAAAGGCUGUGGAGGUCUCCAAUCAACAACUACCUUCACAAACUUUUCAAGAAGAGCUUGCAAAGACGCAAGCGACCGGAACAAAGGUCAUAUCGGACGCAAUGGAUGCGGAAAGAGGGAUACAAGUGAUUCAGGGCCUGGUAGGGAAUAAGCCUGCUAUCAAUGAGGAUAAGAUUAUGGAGAUGGAUGAGAUAAGGGAGGUUUUUCUUGCAAAUGGGAUCGACAUGGAUGCCGUAGAUGAUCUACAAGAGUGCUCUGAAAGAGAGAUGGAGGAAGCAAUGCGAGAGCUGGACAGGGCAGGUGAAGAAGAUUUUCAAGAGGACGAGGCACUGGUUCUUGCUGAGGAUGAUAAGGUGAUGGCUGAAGAUGAACUGGAAAAGAAACAUGGAAUACGUAAAAGGCUUUUAAAACCAGUGGAGGGGACUGCGGUCAGUACUAAGAUGAGGAUUGCUAAUGCAUUGGCUUCCCCACGCAAGCGCACUGGAGCUAAAACAGGAACACGCCAGGGGGAGAUCAACAAGCAACUGGAUACUAAGGGCACGUCAAACCCGAAGCCGGGACUACCAAGACCAUAAUUUUAUGUUUCAAAACGGCAGAUUGGGAUGGAGCAAGCAGGGCUUGGUUCUUGAUAUUAGCAUUUGGAAUUCAAAAAUAAGCUUUAUGAGCAUUUUUCUUUUAUUAAUAAUAGUUAAGGAUUAUGAGAUUGCAAUGGUUUUUUCACUUUUAUGUUGUUUGGUUAAGCAAUGGAAUACGAGUUUGUUGCGGGAUAUGUGGUAUUUAUUUAUUACUUUUGAUUCUUUUGGAACA